UUAGCGCGUGCACGGAGUCCCUAAUGUUGCUCAUGCGACAAUAUGCUCCGAUGUUACGAAAAAAAUGUUGAAACGCCCCCAUCGGUGAAUUCGCCGUACCUACCGGCUCUAAAACUUCACAAUUUACCAAAAGAACAUAAGAGUUUUUGAUUGAAAAUGAUAAUAAGUGACUUACGUCUUCUGUGAUUGCCGAUUACCGUGUACCUACUAUUUUGUUUUUCUUGUUAUUUGGUGUCUGUUGAAGAAGUGCUGGAAUAUACGUGUGCAAUAGGGUUGUUUGAAAGACAGAAGGUAAUUGAUGUUUAGUGGAUUUUUUUACUUUUGAAGAAUAAAACAAGUUAGGUGCAUGGGGGGCAAUGGGAACUGGCACUGGGAUUGAGGGGGGGCUACGGAGGCGAAUGCCGUUGAGCAGACGAACUGGCGGAGGCGGAGCGGCUGCUGGUGCCUCAGGUGUCAGCGCUAGGGCGAUGCGCUACUACCGCCUCUGGAUUUACACUUGCAACACAGCUUUGUUGGCGGGAGCGUUGGCGUUCAGCGGGGCGGCCGCCAGAACUGUACUCUUCGAUUUCCGUCGGUCACUCAUCCCAUCACUCACGCUGUACCAACCAUCGUUCUUGUACGCUUACUUAGCGCUCCUCACACAAGGGGGCGCACUACAAUUGCUAGGCUGCGUUGCUGCACUUCGAUUAUCCGAGAAAUUGUUGAACGCUUAUUGGUUAUUAUUAUUAGUACUGUUGUUCGGAGACGUAGUGUUGGGCGCCUUUUGGGCGUUUAGAUUCGAAAGAGUGUGUCAAGAACUUAGGCCGGCACUGCGCAUCAAGUUUUAUCAGGAGUACGGGACCAACGGAGAGUUUACAGAAGUGUGGAACAGAAUGCAAUCGGACCAUAGUUGUUGUGGGGUAACGGGUCCCGACGAUUACAAUAGCAGUGUUCUCCAAAUGCAGAUCCCAGUGAGUUGCUGUCUAAAACCACCAAGGAACGUGAACAGCACCUGCGGGGACGCAGAACACCUGCACCAUACGAACGGUUGCGAUGAAAGACUGCUAGCGUAUUUAAGAUCGACUGCAUCAUUGCUAGCCAUACUUGGUUACUGCGUAUUAGCCUUCCUCAAAAUGUGCUUCCUAGGUAUCCUGCGUUACGAAAUCCGCGAAAUGAUCCAAAAGAUUCGCAUACUUCGAACAGAGCUGGAGCUGCCUAACGUGAACGGCGUCGUCCCAGGUUCACUUAGGGCGGAAAGUGCCGAAAGUGAGAGGGAAUCUCUCUUGGUGCGACCCGAGAGUGCCGCUUUACUCUCUUCACCUCCAGCUCAGACAAAAAAUCCUAAUGGAAACAACAACUACGAAAUGAGAGAAUAUAGAAGUCGUGAAAAUAUAUGACUAAAGUACCGCCUAGAGGGUCUGUUCAACCGCGGUAGGUGGGGCCGCGUGAAGAAGGGUCCUCUGGCUACGCCACUGGAGGAUAUAUUCAAGCGAAAACCGAGGUCAAGGGUCAAGGAUGAUCCCUGCUGAAAUUUCAGGAAUUUGCCAUCGACCAGGGUGUAAAGCAGGGCAUGCAGAGCGUAGGGUAAAAUGAAUUACGAAAGCGAAGUAGGGUUCACUGUAAAAUACAUCUGCUUGUCGUAAUUGACAUUUUCAUUUGAGAACUUUGCUUUAGAAGAUAUUUUCCUAUCUCAAAUCGAAACAAUUAAGAUUUCCAUAAAUCUUACCAAUAUUUUAUUUACAUAAUGAAUUGGAAAAAAAGUAUACAUAAGAAAAAUAAUAAUUUUUUUUAUAAUCCAAUUAACCAGGCUGAUUUCCUCCUUUCUAUUAUUUUCAAAGAGCCGUAGACUUUUUAAAAAUUCUAAUAUAUUGUAAACAUUUGUAUGAUAUUGGAAAUCAUGAAAUUUGUUGUGUACAUAUUGUUCAGGAUAAUGAACAGCUAAAAUAAUAGUCGAAAUUUAGAUAAGAUUUUGAUAAGGUUUGCUGUGCACUCAAAGUCAACAUUCAAGUGCUGGAACUAUUGGAUUCCAAGUGACAUUAAUUUUAAUUUCUGUUGUUGGAUAAAACAUUCAUUUAACUAAUAUUUAAUUUCUGCUGACGUGUAGGUAAUUCUUAUUUCAAAAAAUUCUUAAAUCGCAUUUGAGUUUUCUGAAAGAAAAUAACUGGGAAACAAAUGUUCAGAGUUUGUUACAAUGUUAGAAUUGUGCUGCGUAAAAACAUAAAUUUGAAUGGUCAGUGUUCAAGCAAUUUUAUAACACGGUUUAUUAUGAACGUCAGCGUUUUGUUUUUACAGAAAAUACUUUGAACAUAGAGUAAUGAGUAGUAUUUGUUCGUUAUGCUUUCCAUAGUCUGUUAACUGAAGCGGUCCUGUCAAACCGAUUCAUCAAUCUUCAAAAGCUUAAUACAUUCGUGCCUCUCAGGAAAACAUGAGUUGUUUAAAUGUCUCGAUAUCUAUAUAUUAUCUAUCAUCUUUCUCGCAAGUAAAACUCGUUUUUUCGAGUUUAGAUUCUUUAAAAUAGGAACAAACAUCCCAACUAAUUAUUUCAUAAAUAGAAAAAGUUCAACGUGAUUGGAAGAUUCAAUAUGCCCAAUUGAAAAAAAACUGACAAAAUGUUUUGACUCGUGGUGUAAUCAUUGCAAUGAGUUUUAAAAUAUUAUUUUAACAAUAAUUGAAAAGCUACUGUUUUAACCAAAAAUUUAAAUUUCAAAUUAUACAGGUCGUUGAAGUGGCUACAGUUUUUAAAUGCAUCGAGUAUCACAUUACAACUUCAUAUUUUUGUACUGAGAGAUAGAAACAGGUUUUGAAUUCAAGUAAAAUAGAAAACUUGCGUUAAGUAUAACUUAUUUUAAAAUGUAAAAUUUUGAGGAUUUACUAAUGAACCUCCCUGCGAAUUUAUAUAUUAUUUAACACAUAUUCUGUUUUUGGGAACUAACCUACCAAAGUAAAAAUCAAGGAAAUGCUUCUCGAUCUAUAUAUACGAAUAUAAUUUCUUACUUUAUCUUUAAAGGGAUGAUUGUAAAAGAGAUAUCAAAAUGCUUGAAACCACUCCUUUUUCACCCCCAAAUUUCAAUAUUCAUUGGAAUAUUUUAUGAUUAAAUCGUUUGAUGAGAGUUGAUGACAUUGAAAAAAUCGAAUCCGAAUAAAAAGAACUAAUGAAGAGUUUUGUACUUCAUACAAUUAUAAAUAAACUAUUUUAAAUAAAUGACCAAAUUCUAACAGCAUUCUGCUUCUUUCUAUAAUGUCUUAAUGAAACCUUUCGUUGUGUCGCUGAAUGUAUGAAGAUUUGAUAGAUUUAAUUAAUAUAUGUAUUUGAAAAAAAUAUUUUCAUGUCGUCCUACAAACUAUCUUCAUAAAAUUAUACAAAAUUUCGAUAUAUAACUGAUGUGUUUCCGAAAGUACCUACUAUUUUAAAAGAAAAGUGAUUUUUCUAAUACAUAUUUAAAGCUGAAAAUGGGAGAGAGUCGGGAAUUCUAGCUUUUAUCAAUAAAAAUCUAGAUAUGAAGUAAUACACUCAAGACCCAAUCUAGAGUUUUUUUUUAUCUAAAAUAUAAAGAUCUCUCUCUAUUCUAUAUUUGUGACUCGGUAACCUUUUUCAUUCCGGUAUAUAUUACCUAUAUACACUAUGAAAUAAACAAUUUCUCUAUGACCAUAUUUAUUAAAAAACAAUUUAUUUAGUCAAUCUACCAGCUAGUGUUUGUUUCAUUCUACAAAUCAUAACAAUUUUUUGACAAUAAAGCAUUUCUCCCUCUCUUGGGAAUAUGCAUUAACUGAACCAGAAUCCUUGAUUGUCAAAGUACGUAUCCAAUGCAACCGCAGACUAUUUGUAAUCAAGUGUUUUCAAUAUUUUCCCUGUGACCGCUAAAAAUGCCGUCACAAUAAAAUAGAGAAUUUAAAUUAUAGUAGAACGUUAUGUAAAAUAUUACUAGUCCUUAUAAUUAUUAGUCUGUUAGUUUCUCUCGAAUACAAUAUCUAAUUUUCAGGUAAUAAAGUUAUUAUCAAAUUAUAUACUAAGUACACUAGAUUAAUUGAUAUAUAAGAUAAUAUUUUGCAGACAUGAAAAUAAAAUAUAAAACAAAUUAAGAAAGUGUCGCUAUGGUACGGAAAUUUUAGAUUACAAAAAUAUUAAUGGGCAUACUUUAUAAAGACAUAUUGCUAUUAGUCACGAAAAAGCUAUAAAAAAUUUCACCUAAAUGUAAAUGUGGAAAGCUUUAUUUUCCAGGUAAACUGAAAAAUAGGAAUUUAUCUUCCACAUAUUGAUAAAACCGUAUCUACUAAAAAAUAGAAGAAAAGAACGCCCGCUUAUAAUAUUUCAUGUGUUACUACCUAUCCUCACGAUAUUUGUAAAAUGCAUAAAAAUUCCUAAUUUGUUCCUAUUAUGUAAUUCCAAAUGUGGAAUUUUGUAUUUUGAGGCAUUUUUUUGUACACUGCAAGUCUUUAAUUCAAACCACAUUUAGAAUGAAUCAUUGACUUCAAAUUAACCAUUUUAUCCAACAACCAAAAUUCAAAGCUUCUCUCAAAAAUAUUUAACAGUUUCACAUAGAACCUUCUAGUUUUCAGUGCUCGAUUUUAAAAUUCAAUUCUGCAGAACUAAAGAACUAAAAAUGGACCCUCCCUCGUAUUUUUGCCUACGUACACUGCACGUCCUAGUUUUGGAUAGAAAACAUCUCCACCACGGUCUAACGAGUUGCAUUCACUUAUAUCAGAUGUUCCAAAAAUUUUGAAAAGCCUUAAAUUUUUUUGGAAACUUUCACAUUCAAAUUACAAAUAUACAUAUUAAUACUGAGAAGUCUCUGGAUCGAAACUUCUAUAAAGUAUAUAAUGAACUAACAUAUUAUUUACACGGUCUGCAAUAUUAAGUAUGCUCAUGAAAUUAUUGGAAAAUAACAACAAUAUUCAAGCAAGAUAAUUCAAAAUAGUGGUUUUUUGAACAAAGAUAUGAAACAAGUUAACUACCUUUUCUGAUUUCUAAGAAUAUUUCUAUCACUUUCAUUUCAAGUUAGAGCGAUCACUUUUUAAUAUAACUUGGAACAAUACAAUGACUCAUCAAAAAUGUAGAUUUUUUCCUGUAUACUAUAUUUUGGAUCAUGAAUAUGUAUUUAAAGUCUGCCAGCUCACUUUCCGUGUUCAAAAUAUCUUGAUCAAAGCGCUUCCCAUGUUCGUCAUUAACGUAUCUCAAGUGGAAAAGGAAAAAUCAAAGUGUGUGGCCAGAUUGUGAAUUUUUUAUGGCAUGUUACAGUGAAAUUCUUCAUAGGCUUCUAGUUAACGAUCUACGAUAUGAUUAUUUGCCUUGUCAUUUCCUAAAAUGUUUUUAUUAUGAUUUCAUAUACAUUAUUAUACAAAUUUCAGUCAACUAGAUCCUAAAUAAAAAAAAUUCAUAAAUUCCUAUUUGUCAUAGUAAUACUCAAUAAUAAAAAUAUUCAAGAAGGAAAGAUUCAAAAAACAUUUUUGGAACAAUUGAUAUCUAAACAACAUUAUGUACAGUGUAAAUAGCAGAAUAAAAAAUGCAUAAUUAAAAUUACAAAUUGAGUGAUAGAAUUAGUAAUAUAAAACAAUAAUAUACAUUAAAGUAGUAUAGUAAUUAUAGAAAUAAAAAUGGUGACUGCAACUCGAAACAUUGGUCCAGUACAUAGUGAACUAUUUGAUAUUUUGUUACUAAAUCUAAAAAAAAUAUGUGUCUUAGGAAAUGAUAAAAUAAAGGUUAACCAAUAGACAGUUGAAAAGAAUACCACAAACAUAAAUUAAUUUCUAAUAAUCUGCAUAAACGAAAAGUUUUCAUUAGAAUGGCCAUAAUGGAUAAACGGUAUCAAUUGUACCCAUUUAUUUUAAUAAAAUUCUGUCGAAAUUAUCAGAGGUCUGCCAAUGCGUUACUGGAAAAUGAGUAACUGAAUUGCAAUAGUAGAAACAAGAUGAAAUGGGAGUUCAAGUAAAUUGCGUUUUUCUUUUUCUCUUGUUAGCCAAAUAGUCACCUUUUUCUCAUAGUUACUGUUAAGUGAUUCUGCUAAUUUUACACUACUACUACGGAAAGCAUGUAUAAUUUGGUUGGACAGAUAUUCUAAGCCUGACAUAGUUCGCAUUUUUCAAAACCAAAAUAUUUCACGCAGAAGCAUUUACAGGGCUAUAGCCGAAUGUAAAGAAGGAACACCAAGUCUGAGCCUCCCAAAAAAUGAUGAACAACCACGAAGUUUCGCCCAAGAAAGAGCAGAAACACUAGUUAAAGAGCAAAAUAUAGACUCUGGGUUUUCGUAAGAAAAUUAGCAUGUAAAAAUAAUACUUCAAAGAGUACCGUAUCGCGGGAAAUAGCAAGGAAUGGUCAAAAAAGUCUUAAAUAUAUCCCAAACCAAUCAGCAUGGAUACUAAAAUGCUGUCGUCAACUAAGUCGAAUACAUUUUGCGAAUGAGAGAGUCAUUGUUAUAGACGAUAAAAAUCAUAGAAAACAAUUGUUUUUAUAUGAGCAAUAUAGAUUGUCAAAUCUAAAAUAUGAAGAAAUAGCAAAAUUCGUAUUUCAAAAUAACAUGCCUUUUGUACCAAAGCAUCCCCCCUAAUUUACCUAAUACUCGUCCAAUUCAAGCAAGCUGAAAAUGAAGAAAAAUUAUGACUUAGAAGUUUUAGAAAACUAUUUUCGUCGUCGUCCAAAACCUAAUGAGAGAUUUCAGCAAAAAGUUACGCUUAGUUAACGAGCACGGGUUCCUCUAUUUAGUUUGAGUCAUUAACAUUGUUAAUUACGAAGCCCGUAAUUAUGGUAAAUAAGAAAAGUUUUAUUGAAGGCACUUGUUACCAAAGAUAUGGUUGAAUAUUUUGUGCCAAAACUAUUGGGACAUACGUCAAUUCAAAGUUAUUUCAUCUAAUGAUAGACAUGCCGUCAAGGUAGAAAAAAUAAUUCUCAAAAUUUAUCAAUUAAUUCUAAAUAUCUCCUGAAAAAUUCAUGUCAUUCCGAGUGCGACUGAUUAAUUAGUAAAUGAUUCGAAAAAUCAUUUGCUUGGGGAAAAUAGAAUGGCGGUCCAAAUCGAUUAUUACUCAUUCAACUUUCUACUCUUUGAACUUACAGAAAAUGUACUCAAAAAUCACGGAAUAUUUUUUCUGUUUAAGCUCUUCAAUAAAAUUCAUCAAUAAGCGGUUCAAACAGACUAAAAGCAGUCAGAACCAGUUUAAAAUGAAUGCAAGCAUUCAAAAUCGUUUCAAAGAUCUUUCUAGCGUGACAAACUUUAUUCUACAUAAUAUCUAGGUAAAUUAUGAAAUUUUCAUCUAUUAUUUGGUUCAAAUUUUCUGGUCUUUGAAUUAGAUUGAUUUUUCUGUUUAUCUCUAUUUUAUCAUCUACUACAUUCGCUUCUAUCACAUUGUUGUUCACUCAGAUUAUGACAAUUAAGAUACUAACUUAUUGACAUAUUUAAUUCAGACAUGUUAAGAUGAAUGUUCUCUUUAUUUCCGAUAUCAUGAAAUUCAUAAAAUCGUUUAUGUCUAUUUGUCUAUGGUGGACCUUUUAUGGAUUCUAAUGUAUGUAUGUUAUAACCAAAAAUAUUUAAUGAUAAAUAGAUUUAACGAAAAUAGUUCGUUCACUUGUGUUGGUACUGGGACCUAUAACAUUGAUAAGAAUAACAUUGUUACUGAUGCAAAUAUAGAAAACUGCUUGAAUUUAUUUUGCAACCGAUGUUCCAUUCCACACAACCUACCACUCAGCACUUGAAGCAGUUAACAAAAAUAACUAGUCUGCUUCGAGUGUUGGAUGGUACUAAUCUUCCUGGAAACUCCUAUGACUGCCAGUGAAGAAAUAUAACAUUAUCAAAAGUAAAAUCACAACCAAUUAACGUAAAGACGCUUUAAAUAUAAGUGUGUCGGUAUGAGCUUAACUACAGAUUUACAUAGUGCCUCGCCUUAAAAGUAAAAGUGCAAUCGGUAAAGAAACAUUAUGGUAAAAUAAAGGACAUAAUUUUUGAUUUAAUGCUAUUGGUUUUUUAUUAUUUUGGUUUGAAAACCCUCGCAUAGCGUAACUUUUUUACCCUAUAACCUACAUAUAGGAUUUAGUUGAAAAAUGUGAUCGGUGUAGUCAAAAACUGUACAACAUACUUCAAACUACAUUGAACUUAAAAUUAAAUUUUAAAGGUCUACUAUUGAAUUUAUGACUGUUCAUAAAUCAGCGAUAGCUAUAAGAAUCAUGCUUGCUAUAGGUCUAAAAUAAAUUUACGUCUUUCGCUCGCUUAAAAUUAAAUUAAAAAAAAAAACUUAAAAAACCAUAUUGUAGUUUACUUAAAACGAAGAGUCACCAGCGGAAAAAAGGCACAGUGCUUCCACUGUGCUGGAAAUAAUAAUGCUCUUUUAAAUUAUAUAAAUGAAAUUAAAUCGUAGCAUUCAAUUUUUGUUACAAAAAAUAAGGAUAUGAUACCAUUCCAAUCAUCUCCGUCUAACAAUAUUCAAAAUAAUAAAAAAACUAUAACAGUAGUUUGUUCCAAAAAUUUGGAUUCCCCAAUGUUAAUUUCUCUCAUAGAGCAUUGAAAAAUAGUAAAAAGUUGCACAAAAAAGUAUACAUUUUAAUAUAUUAGAGAACGGUUCCUAAGUACAAUCCUGUUCACUGUUCAUGACAAAUAUGUGUGGAUUUGGUGACUACACUGGAAUAACAGAGGCUGUCUCAUAAAUAAUAUCGAUUUCCAAUAUUCACUUAGUUCAUUAAAUAAUCAUACAAAAAGAAA